AUGAAUAAGAUCAUGAUUGAAAUUAAGAUUGAGUUUAAGAGGGGAAUAGAAGUGACAGAAAUACCAAAAGCUCUGAAAUGUGGUUUGGCUGACUAUUUAUUGCUUGCUUUGCCUUUGAGCAUAGAAGCCACACCACCACCACAGGAAGGAUUCGCACUCCUCACCUCCACUCAUCGUGAUAUUGUCGAAGCAAGCGCCUUCAAUACCUACGGCACGCGCUUCGCAACCGGUUCCGCAGACGGCAAAAUCAAAGUCUACAAUCGCCAUCACGACGGUUCGUGGAUGCAAUGCGAUACAUGGGGUGCGCAUAACGGCGGGGAAGUUCUGCAAUUACAAUGGAUGCCUCCUACUAUCCAUCCGAAUCUCAUCGCAUCUAUUGGUACCGACGGACGGUUUAAGCUGUGGGUUGAAGAUCCUACGUUGGCGCCAAAUAAGGGACGCAGAUUUAACUCCCACAAUAAUCGGCCCGUGUGGGAAACACGAUCGCAUACUCGCGCGCCGUUUUUGAGCUUCUCGAUUAAACAUCAUGCGGAGAGUAGGCAUACCUAUAUUGCGCUGGUGGAUCGCGAUGCGCAAUUGAUUAUCUAUGAGAAUGAAGAGCCGGAGAAUAUGACGGCGUGGACGGAACUCGAUCGGGUCAAUGUGUGUGAGAAGCCUGCGAGAGGAGAGGAGGUUAGUUUCAAGGUGGCUUUUGAUCCGAAUUUGGAACCCUGUUAUAGAGCUAUUCGAGAGGGGGUUCCGAGAGAUGCGCUGGGAUUGGUCGUCGCGAGUAUGAAUAAAGCGAGUAUAUGGCGCACGAAGGAAAUAUCGCAUACGGUUAGUCUGGGGAGUGCGAGUACGAAGGAACUUUAUUUGGCGGCGGAGUUGAGGGGGCAUAGGGGCUUGGUGAGGGAUGUGACGUGGGCGGCCGGGAAUAUUAGGGGGUGGGAUGAGGUGGCUACAGCGUUUACGCGAAAUCCGGCCCAAAUGACAAUUGAGAAUGGAGCAAAACCCGCUCCUUCCGGGAUUGGUGCAGGAUUAGCAGGCCAAAGAACGAAUCGAAGUAGACAGCAAGAAGCUCAAGGUAGAGAUGGAGCGGUAAUUCAUGCCGUGAAGGAAAUUUCUAGGUUGGAAGCAGAUCGAGCGCCAGUUUGGAAGGUAGAAUUUGAUGCAGAUGGGCAAUUAUUGGGGUCUACAGGGGAUGAUGGCAAACUAAUGAUGUGGAGGAGAGAACCGACUGGUCUUUGGAGUAGAAGCGCAGAAUUGGCGAUGAACAGAGCCUGA